AUGAGAGUUGGUCACACGAGAGGACGCAGCUCACGCCGUCCAGCACCAACCGGAGUGACGCCACCCAGAAUGGAAUCAAAGGAUAGCAGUAAAUACAGUAAAUCACAGUCAAGCAGUCCGAAGAAUCGAGCUCCACGCUCCUCGUCUCUCCCCAAGCAGCGCCGUAACGAUCCCGUCGCGGAUACACUGAGUGAGUCCACAUCCGCUCAACGUUUGGUCGAGUAUUUUUGCAUCCGCAGAAAAACUACAGAAGCCAGCUCUUGGGGCUCAUCGCCCCCAAAAGCGAAAGGCUGGAGACAACGGGUCCGCUUCAAUGGAGGAUCUAUGCCUGUCCACGAAGCGCUACAUGCUUACCCCACAAAGUCUCUGGACGGUUCUGAAGAAGACUUGGCGAGCAGCCAGGCCACAGACGGGAACAUUCACAUGCCCCGAGCAUCGUUGCAUCAUCAGGAUCAUACGUUUCAGCCUACAAUAACGACUCGCUAUCCGCCAACAGAUUAUGCCGACAACCCUCUAAACCCAAUGAUUCUGCACUUUUGCUAUCCCUCUGGAGAUAUUAUUGUACCCACUCGACAGUAUCAAAUGCCACGAGUGCACCAUUUUGUGCUUACCAACGAAAAAGGUCGCAAAGUGUACGGGACUUGCCUGACCAUUUUGGAAGAAUACGUACCCAGAGGCCCCUGGAAAUCUCGUGCCGUCACAACUCGACACGAUUCCUUGGAUGGCGUAGAAGUGAGUAUUGACGAUGAUACCAACAGCGUUUUGUAUCUUCCGAAAGUCCUUUGUCUGCUUUCCACCUGGCCGUACUUGAGCGCCUUUCGUGAAUACCUAGCGCAACUCUACCGUCUCGCCUCGGCUACCAACGUCAUGACUGCACCGAUUGAGCGGUAUGUGGUGAACUUGUGUAAAGAAAUUCCGGCACCACCACCCGGUGCGUACGAAGUGCAAGUGUCUAUAUUGGAUUCGACGAUUCGAUUUUGGGCGCCACCAGCCAAAUUACCAAUCGCAUACGUUGCGGUGCCGUACCAGAUUCUAUUUGAUUGCCUCGAUACAGAACAUAUACUGCAAGUAUGGAGCGCUCUGGUUAUGGAACGCAAAGUGCUGUUGCUCUCGUCGCAGUAUUCAAUCUUGACAAUUUGUUCAGAAAUUUUUUCGUCGCUCUUGUUUCCUUUGCGUUGGAAUCAUCUGUACGUGCCACUUUUGCCGAGAAUGUUAUGUCCAAUGUUGGAUGCACCAGUACCUUUCUUUUGUGGCAUUGUUCGAGAGGACUGGCUCUAUGCACAGCAAUUCGUGAGCGAAGAUAUUAUCGUAGUCGAUCUAGAUCACAACAAGGUCAGGUUCGGCCGCGCGGUUCCUCGCAUGCCGUCGUUUCCUACCAAAAAAAUUGCGAAACUACGAACGUCGUUGCAAGAGACGAUAGGGCAUGUGUUUUGGACUUCUCGAGGGCUGGAAAUGGAGUACCGGAUGAUGACGAUGAACAAGAAAUCCAACAAGCGGUCGAUCGACAGGCUGCGUAGCAGAACGGGGAAUGGCGCGCUGUGGGUGGAGAAACUUGCCGGGCUGGACCACGCUUUCAACUUGGCAUAUACACCAGACUCCCAUUUGUUGGAUGAUACUUCUCUUUUGAAGGGGGACACCAUGCAGAGCAAAUGGGAUCGUGUACAGGAAGCAUUUCUCCGGUUCUUCGUUGCACUUCUGAAAGACUAUCGCAAGUACCUUAUCGUUCCUCAGAGUAACCUUUCCAGCUCUGAGUUGCCGAUACCUUCGUUUGAUCUGAUUGCUUUCCUCGCUUCUCAGAAAGCCGAUAAUACCACCUUUCUAGUGGAAAUGUGCAUGACGCAACAGUUCGAUGAUUUCAUUUCAAGGCGUAUAUACAGGCAGGGCGAGCCAGACCUUAUUUUCUUUGAUGAGAGUAUCGAUGCUAAAUUGAACAGAAGCAGGCUUAAACUAAAAAAGGUGGACACGCCUGUCUUGCAAAACGCUAAAGCUCACAAGGUCCUAACAAAAUUCAGCGCAUUACUGCCGAACGAAGUUGGUUUGCCCGGUGCGAAAUUUGAAAACAAACCAAAACCUUAUGUCUACAAAAGUUGGCCAGAAACAUUGAAUGAGGGGCUCUUCAGCGAACCACGCCCUAUUCCUACUAUGAUUGCUGCCGAGUUUGAUCGCCAGGCCAUGCUCAUACAACGACUCCGUGCAGACGUGGAUGAUCACACAGACGACAGCGAUGCCAUCCUGCACCCUACUGGGGCAGAAUAUGAUCCCUCACCAGAAGUUGCGGCGUUUACAGUAUUCUUUUUUGCAUAUUCCGCUCUGGUGGGGUUGGAAUGGCAAACGUAUGAACGGAAAUGCCAGAGCAUCGAUAAAGAAGCAUCCGGAAAUCAACUAUCAGAAGGCACCAGUAGUGACGGCGAGAAAAGAGUCGACGUUGCUCAAGAAGGCAAAGCUGCUUUGCCCGAAGAAGAGGUAUUCAAUGACCGGAACGUAAACACAUGUUUAUCGGAUUUUUCUAUGGGUCUCUGUGACAGUUGCCCGAGUAGUGGGAUUUUUGUCUUUAACAAAAGUCUUCGAUUCAUUGGAGAUAGCGCAGAAGCAUACGAAUCCGUUGUCGAGAAUACUGCAAAUCACAUGGCACGCCUGCAAAGCCAGAUAAUUGUCUCGAUGGAGACCGCAAGCGAUGUAACAAAACCUGUGGACAUUUUGGCUGAGUUUGAAGAAGCGAAAGAAGUCGCGAGCGCCCAGCUCGAUUUGGCUUUCGAGGCUCUCACCACUAUGUCCUUGCGCGGAUUAAAAACAGACUCGGACGCAUACAAGUCCCUAAUGGAAGCCUGUGGCAGAUGUGGGGACACUGAACGUGCUUUGAAACUCAUGCAAGUAAUGAAAGUGGACGGAUUUUUUGCCGAUAGCGAAAUAUUGGCCUGGUUUAUUGCAGCAUUUGCACAAGAAAGCGCAGGAAAGAUCGAUCCUCCGGUAGGCACACAAGAAGUCAGUAGUGAUAACAGUCUCUUACGGAAGUCAAAUAGAGGCCUUGACGUCUACUCUGACUUUCUGCGAAAAAAGUUUUGGCCAAAAAACGAAGACGACAAUUCCAGCUUACAGUUAGUUGGAAAUGACCUAGGUGAACACGAUGAUGUUUCGACUGACCCCGGAAUAACUGCUUCUGAUGUACCGUGCCAUACUAACCGUGCCGUGCCCAUUUUUGGAUGGUUCAAGAAUCAAGACUCGAAUGAAAAGAGAAGACGCUGGCGGAAGGAAAAGGUGAAAGCGACUCUGGAAACAAGAUCGAUGCAUGUCACAGAUAUGCUUUUUAAUCAGCUAGCUUUGGGGGAUAGUCUUCUGGACUUUCUGCAUCCAGAUCUGGUCAUUGAUACCAGAAGCGACGUUUGUCCUCAAUGCUCUUGCGCGCUUUCUGAAAACGAAAUUGUCGCUGGGUGGACUUCGUGUGCAUUUAACGAUUACACCACAGAGUGUCCGAACUGUUCGCACCGAUUUGUCCCUCGCUUUUCCAUAACAAGUUCGUCACCAACAUUUACUGGAUCGCAGGGGCCACGAACGCCUCUUUAUUGCGAGUUCCUCUCUCCGUGGGUUCUACGCAAAGCUCUUCAGCAUGUGGUGAAAGGCGAUAUUGGAAUUCGAGGUAUGAUGAAACCAGAGUGGCGCAGCGGUACGGAUAUUCGUGCCACAAUCUUUUGGAACCUAGUUGUCAUGUGUAGACGAUACCGCUUGCCGUUCUCAUUUUUAUUACAAGGAAACUUUCAAAAUCGUAUUAUUCUUCCCCGAACACCCGGGCAACUCUAAAUUAAAAGCAAACCGUCUCUUACAUGAAGGAUAUAAAAGAUGAAGUUGGGAAUGGCAUUGCUUGAAACCUGCAAGUCCGGAAUCCAAAGUAAAGUCAGUCAAAAGAGACUGUAUGAAGAACCUAUUUUAGAGACCAGGCCAGGAACCACAACCUAUGCUGUCCUAUUACACAAUCCUGUAUUGAACAGAGCUCCGGGUUUAAAAUGGAAGGUGUUUGACAAAAUUCAUAGUCACAUUCAGACACAUGCAUUUUGAUCCUUCUUACCUGCACUAACAAUUUGCUCCCAAAUUUAAACGCUUGGCUAAUGUUGAAUUUUGCUCCCG